AUGAGCUUGCUCUUCGCUGAUGCCAGGUGGAGAGACCAAAACCUAAAACUUUUGCAGAAUCUAUCUCAAUCUUCUGGCAUUCUAGAAACGUCAGUGCAGCCGAAUUCUCUUCCUCCCGCUGAGGAAGCAUUGGCAGUAUUCAACAACUACUUGAAUGGACCGCAUGUCCUUAACCCCUUUCUGCUUCGUCGAGAUGUACAGAGGCUGUACCAUUCCGCCUUUUCAACAAGCCAAACUGGCUCUUCCUCACAGAAGCCGGAUCAUCUAACAAAGCACGACACCUUUCGUACCUUUAUGAUUCUUGCUGUUGGGUCGAUCAUGUUAUAUCGAUCCGGUGUCCAUAAACACCAUCCUUAUGGCUACUUCCUUACAGCGUUGCAGUACAUCGACACGAAUAUUCUGUCAAGAGGAUUGGAUUCAAUUCAGGAUUUGUUACUCGUCGUGAGGUUCGGGAUCUACCAUCACAUCGGGACAUCAAUAUGGGAGCUGACCACACUGUGUAUGAGAAUGUGCAUCGAGCAAGGCCUACAUAAGUUACCUCGACCGGCUAUGAGACGCAGAAUUAGCCUUCUGCAAGAACAGUUGCAACGCCGGGUCUUCUGGGAAUGCUACAUGAUUAGUCAGUACAGCUCGAUCACAUUGGAUCGUCCAGCUGCAAUUGCGGAGAGAGAUAUCCAAGUUGGGUUUCCUGCCGACGCCGAUGAUGAAGAAAUUGAUGCCGCUGAGGCAUCUGGGUCGUUCUCUGAUCUAGAUUCCUUCUGCAGAGCCACUACAAGGCCUACUACGACGGGGAACACUGAAAUGACGGUGUUUUUCUAUUGCCUGCGGCUGCGGAAAAUUACAUCAAAGAUCCGGACCAAGUUUCAACAAAGCAAUGGGACCCCAGGUGACGGGCACGCGUUGACGAUGGACUCCAUCACAGCGAGCGGGAGAAUUUAUGAAGAUUUGGAGGAGUUACUAUCGGAGCUGGAGCAGUGGCGGCGAUCAGCACCCACUUUCUCUACUCCACGAGGCUUAUACCACACACAGGAAUGGUACGACCUGCUGUUAAUGAGGGAAAGGCUUCUUCUAGUGCGCAAGGCAAUUGACCUGGUGCCAAAGCGGAACAAUAUCCCACCAGAUGACCUCCUUUUGAUCUGCCUCGAGUAUGCCGUGAGCACUAUCACGAAGUUCUGCCCUUUGUUUGAGCAAAGAAAGAUCACAUACACUCGGAGUUACUUCCAAAUGCUGUUCACUGCCGGGCUCUCGGUGAUGCUCUGGGUAUCAGUGGCAAGCAACCAUGACACUGAGAUGAUGGUGAAAGCGGCAGACGCGGUAAAACAGAGCAAAAAAAUCUUGAAACAGAUGGGACGUGAGAUGCCGGACGCGACUCCUUACGUGUCUGUCUACGAGGCCUUAGAAGUACAUGUAUUAGGGAAAUAUCAUGCCUCGUCCAGGUUAACGCAGCAAACGGGAGGGUAUCUCGGGCAGACACAACCCCAUGACCACGCAUCACCGGGGAUGAGCGGUAUGCUUCAUGAUCAAAGCAUUGGAGGAUCGCAUCACCUGCUGGAUCAUGAACCCUCCACCUAUGCUUCCCUUCUCUCCCGAGAUCUGACUGGGGGAAUACGUAUAUGGAGAUCCGAUGUUUCUUUUUUCGGGUAUAGCAGAUGA